AGGACAUUCUGCCAAAUAUGGCAGCUAUACUUUAUUGCAUCUUGACAGCAAUAAAAUUUUGUACAUUCAACUAAUACAGAGCAAUGAAGUUGGAGGCAAUGCACAAAUGGAGAAGGAAUGACUCAGAAGAGGUCUGGAUCAUCUAGAGUCCAACCAGUUACAAGUAGAUUACAUUGUGACUGAUCGCCACACCCAGGUGCAGAAAUAUCUGAGGGAGAGAGAGAUCAAACAGUACCAUGAUGUUUGGCACCUCGAGAAGGGGCUAUCUAAAAAAUUAGAACAAUUGUCAAGAAACAAAGACUUCCAAGUGCUGCGAAACUGGUUGGUGGGUAUAAAAAAAUCACAUCUACUGGUCAGCCAUGUCUUCCAGAGAAGGACCAGAGAAAGUUGCUAAGUGGAAGACUUUAUUUAAUCACAUUCAGAAUGUCCACAUUCAUGAAGAUCCAGUAUUCCCCAAGUGCGCUCAUGCAGACAGAGUGUCCAGAGACCCUAGUAAAUGGUUAAAACCAGGUACCAUGGUCCUGUAUAAAGUGGAGAAGCUGCUCAUGAACAAGAGAGUUCUCCGCGAUGUGGAAAAGCUGAGCCACCAACAUCAAACUUCAGCUCUUGAGGCAUUCCACAGUGACAUUCUGAGAUUCGCCCCCAAGAAUGUUGUUUUUCCUUUUAUUGGAAUGCUAUGCAGGCUGUAUCUUGCGGCAAUGCAUUUCAACGAGAAUGCUGAUCGUGAACAGGCAAUGAACUUGGAAGGCAAAGCUGUCUAUCAAAUAAUGUACCCAAAAUCUAAGAAGGGGCAACCAAUUGUGAAGUCAGUGAAGACAGAGCCUACUUUUGGAUACGUCAAAGAUCUGAUGAGACUGGUGUUUGUAGAGGUGUUUGAAGACCCUGCCUAUUAUGUUGAGGAACUACGAAAAGUACCCAUUCCAGAUUCCCUAUCAGAACAGUUUGACAGGCCGACAAAGGAGGAUCUCAUUGCUAGACAUGUGUCUAGGUUCAAUCCAGCGGUGGCCGGUAGCCAACAUAGUUCCCACCAGCAUCAGGAAACUCUUGCCGAAUCCGGAGGACAACACACGAUGGAAUGACCACGCUCACA